AUGUCCGCUCAACGAAGCUCCAAGCCGCUGACGGCGCUGUUCAAGUCGCUCAGGCUCGGCGCCAACCCUUCGACAACAUCGGCAUCGCCCAUCGCGUCCAGCAGCCGAUGCUUCUCCUCGUCACACAUUCCUCGUGCCGCCUCCAAAGCAGCGGUGGCUGCCAAGACACCGCAGCGAUGUAAGUCCACGCUCCACUGCAGAGGCAUGCUCGUCCACACUCCAGCUGACCCGAUCCUCCGUACGCUCUGCUCUGCAUCCACAGCCGCAACCUAUCCGUUCUCGUCGGCGGCCCUCAUCCCGGAAGUACCCGAGUUCAUCUCGACGAAGCAGGGCGUCAAGCCACCCCCACAGGCCAAGAGCGUUCUGUCCGGUGUGAUGCCGCGCGUGCACUCGGAACUGCGUGCGCGCUACGACCCGGGCAACCGCCUGACCAAGCUGUUCGACCGCCACUCGCGCGAGCGCAUCCCGCCGGGCUCGGUGCUCAUCGUCGAGUCGUGGACGUCCCCGCUCAAGACCAACUUCUCGUCGUUCUCGGGCGUGCUCAUCGCCGUGCGCCGGCGCGGCGUAUCGACCUCGUUCGUGCUGCGAAACCUGGUGCAGAAGCUGGGUGUCGAGAUGCGCUUCAACCUCUACUCGCCGCUGCUCAAGGACGUGCGUGUCAUCCAGAAGGCAGAGGCGGGCAAGAACGACAAGUCCGGCAAGCUGCGCAGGACGAGGCGCGCCAAGCUCUACUACCUCCGCAACGACGAUAGGCGCCUCGCCGGUAUCGGCAACGUCAUCAAGCAGCAGCGCCUCCUCGAGGAGAAGCGCGCACAGGAGAUUUCAAAGCGUCGCGGCGGACGCAGGUGA